AUGUCAUGUGAUGAGGAUAUCGCUGCCAACACAUCGUUCAACCCACCGGAACCACCGAAAGACCACUGGGGUCUGAACACUCCUCUACCGGUGUUCCCUGUCAAGUAUACGUUGCGAAGACAUGAAGGCGUUAUAGAAGUAUGUGGUGACGAUGGCAAACUGAAACCCGACUUCGCCAAGUACUACAUAUCGAAGGAACAGUUCUUGUCCGAUACUGAACGCCUCACGCAGAUGAUUGUUGAUGGUCCGCUAAAAUCGUUCUGUUUUCGUCGUCUCUCAUAUCUCCAGAACAAGUUCCAGUUGCACGUCGAUACUCACAUUCACGCCGCAUCAUCGAUGAACCAGAAGCACUUGCUUCGAUUCAUUAAGAAGAAGAUCCGAACUGAGGCCAAUACCGUGGUACUGGAGAAGGUCCUGGUCCCAUCUUCAACUGCUUCAGAUUCAGAAAACAACAAGCCAGUCACCAUGAAGGAAGUGUUCAAGAAAAUGGGAAUCGACGCCUACGAUCUCUCCGUAGACAUGUACAAUCCAGUUGGCGAGUCGACAUUGCGCGAGAUUUUCAUCAAGACCGACAACUAUGUGGGUGGAAAGUAUUUCGCUGAGGUGCUUAUGGAGGUUCUUUCGGACCUGGAAGACUCAAAGUACCAGCAUGCUGAACCUCGACUGUCUAUAUACGGAAGAAGCAAGGUU